GCCUCUCACUCAUCUCAGAAAUGUCUUUGAUAAAGGACUUUCAUUUGACUUUUGAAACGACUAAUGAAGAUGGUAGUUAUUCUGAAGGAGAUACUAUAGUGGGCACAGUUAGUUUCAGACUGACAACAAAUGUCAGCGUUAAUAGCCUGACUGUAAAAGCCAAAGGAGACGCAAAGACAAAAUGGAUAGAAGAAGUAGGAGGUUAUCUGAUGACGUUCACUUCAAAAAAGAGAUAUUUCAAAGUGAAGGAUUACUUAAUUGGUGUAACAUUUAAAGGGACUUCACUUCCCAAAGGGGUCCACAAAUUUAAAUUCAGGCUCAAAAUCCCAGAGGGGAGCAUGCCUUCAUCCUUCAAGGGGCAAAAUGGAAAAAUUGUGUACAUGUUUGAAGCAAAGUUAUCCAGGAUCUGGUGGUGGCCUUCUGAAGUUAAAAGAGAGAUCAACUUCAUUUCCAAGACAUUUCAGCAGUUUUGGGAAGGGAUGCGUCCACAAUCUGGUACAGUGAGUAAAAACAUAGGUGGGCUCUCCCGGGGACGGGUCCAAAUGUCUGCUACCAUUGACAGGAAUGUUUGCACUCCAGGUGAAACUUUAUCUGUUAUGGCCAAAAUCUGCAACUCCUCUUCAAAGAACAUGAGGCCCAAAUUCAAGCUUGAACAAAAUACAGUGUACCGCAGCAAGUACCACACAAAGAACUCACUGUUAAUUCUACUCAAAGAGGUCGGGGGCACUAUCAGGCAAUACUCGGAGCAAACUGUCUCCUGCCAGUUGAAGAUUCCUGAUGAUGUCAUCUUCUCUAUCCAUAACUGUGAAAUCAUCUCAGUUGAAUAUUACAUAAAGGUGUAUCUGGACAUUAGCUUUGCCGUUGACCCAGAGGUGGUGCUUCCACUGGUCAUCGCUCCUUCCAGAUUUGCAGCUUUUAAGCCUGGUGAGGCUGAGGGGCCUUAGCUACCUGGGAAAAUCAAGGCCGGAAGUUAUAGUAGCUUCGCUUCCCCUGCCUUCCACACUGGAUUAGAUCCUGAACCCACAGAGUCAGGUGCUUGUUACUAUCCCACCCCAGAUCUCACUCAGCAUGUUAAUAUAACAAGUAGCGAUUAUAACCAGUGUUCAUAAGGUGCUGCAGGGGUUUUCAACUCCAGCACUCACAUCACGUUCAGUGCAACAUCCAGGUCCUACUCUUGUUUAGUCAGGUCGUUCUCCUGCUCUAGUCCGUUUUUCUUUUAUUGUCAUGAACUAGCUGUAUGCAGGCAGGAAUUGGACCCAAACGCAAAACUCACCGAGACUGAACGUGAACUCAAAAGCACAGCUUUAUUGCUGGAAACAAGAAAAAACGGUACAAAACUAAACUGGGAAAAAUAAAAAUAAAUCAUAUGGGAAAACACAAGGAGAAUCACACAGCUAAGAGGGAGGACGCAACACAGAACUGAGGGAGACGCGGACAUAAAUACACAGAAGGAUAAUGAGGGAGUGGAAGCACACAGGGGACACAGCUGAUACUAAUAAUUGUAACAAGACAGGGCAGGAGCAAACACAAUGUGACGUACACUGACGGGAGACUAUCAAAGUAAAAUAGGAAGUACACAGAGACGCGGACAGGAGGGAGAGAGAGAACACGGGGAGAGCGCAGACAUAACGGGCUAGGGAAAACAUGGAAUAAAACACAAGGAGAAAAAACGAGGCAUAGGAACUCACAGAUACAGGAGGGGGACACAGGGGGUAAAUACACGGGGGGGAAAUCUAAUAAACUAAACUGAACAACCCAGGAACCAUGGAAUAAAUAAUGAACAGAAUACAAAAACACAAGAAAACUAAGAAAGCUGGGUCAAAAUGACCCAGGACCAUGACAUCUAUUGAGUGUAUGCAGGGUAAAUAAAAAGAGUAAUCUGACAUGUUUAAUUAUAGAAAUUUCCAUUUAUAGCUGCCAGUUUUUUUAUAUUUUGCAUACUUUUAUUUUGAAAAGUUGUGACUAUAGUUUCCUAAUCAAAGCAACUAUCAACACUUGCUUACUCUGUAUAAAAGAUGAGGUGCUAGCAACAGAGCAAGGGGAAGCAACAAAAUGGAAAGGACAGAUGGAUGCUGGGGGAACUGGUGGGGUAUGGGCAUGGGGAAGGCAUUUCCCAGUGAGACACAACAGUUAAAAGACUGAUUGCUGUGAUGUUUGGUUCCUAAGCAUUUGUCUUAAAACCUUGCACCUGUGCACUUAAUGUUCAAAAUUGGACUGCUAGCUCGAUUUUAUUUUUUGUUGUUUUUGACUGCCUUCGGCUUUUUCUGAAAUGAUAAAUAAAUCAAAUGUUUUUAACUGCUACACUGUGUUUUUGUACUCUUUGGCUACCAUUCCUUUCUGUUAGCAGCUCUACUUACUGGACUUAUUCGAAGAACUGACACAGUGAAUGGUCGGUGACUGAUUAAGGAAUCAUUAGGAGGCAGCAAUACAAUAUAAAUACACACACAGUACCCCAGUAAACACCAGUGAAGAAGAACCUGCAGCACAGAAAGAUAGAGGGCUAAGCAGAGCUAGGAACAAGUUGACAAGGGAGACCAGAGAGACAGGUGAAGAUGGGGCAAGCUGAGAAUACUCCUGCUGUGUUGCUGAGACGGUUUCAAAAAUAAAGUACUUCCCCUAAGAGACGAUUAUGUCUCUCCAUUUAGGUGUUAAUGUUUUUGAGGAGGUUUAUGUAUUUAUUCUGUUAUUAAUCUUACUGCAAAUACAUUUUCCUAAUCGCUACUCUGGUCUCUG